UUGCGCGUGCACUCCCUCCUCCCCCCUCCUUUCAUGUGUGUGUGAUGCUGGUCUCAAGGGUGUAGCUCAGACACUGCAGUAGAAGGUAGGGCUUGGCUGCUGCACUAUACAAUGCGCUGAAAGAUGGUGCACCAGGAGAAAUGUGUUUACCAGGCCCAGAGGAAUGAGAGGGAGUCCAUUAGGCAGAAGCUGGCCCUUGGCAGUUUCUAUGACGACGGACCGGUUACCUUUACUGGCUGCAGCAAGAGCAGCAAGAAUUGCCUGUCCUCACGGCUUCAGAAUGGGGUGAAUCUACAGAUGUGCUUUGUGAAUGACAGCAGCAGUGACCGAGACAGUGAUGCAGAGGACAGCAGGACAGAGACCAGCUUGGACACCCCAUUGUCACCUAUGAGCAAACAGAGUUCCUCUCUGUCUGACCGGGAUACGGGAGAAGAAGACCUGGACUCUGAGGAUUCAGAGUUCUGGCGGUUACAGCGGCGGUUGCAGGAAGAGGCCCGUGUAGCUCUGGCCUUGGCCCGUCCCAUGGCCCGCAUGCAGGUGGAGGUGGAGAGACAGAUCCAGCUACACCGCAGGUCCCCCGUGGCAGACCUGUUACCACAUCUGCCCCACAUCAGUGAGAGUCUAAUGAAGAGGAAUCUGAGGCCUGUGGACCUGAGAGAUAUGAGUCUUGGUCAGUUACAGGUCAUCACCAAUGAUUUGCACUCUCAGAUACAAGGUCUGAAUGAGGAGCUGGUUCAGCUGUUGCUCAUGAGAGAUGAGCUACACAUGGAACAGGAUGCCAUGCUGGUAGAUGUGGAGGAUCUAACCAGGCAUGCACAUAGCCAGCAGAGGCACAUGACAGAGAAAUCUGUGAGCAAGGGUAAAGCAGCUUGCCACGGUCGCUGUGAUUCUCCAUUUUGAGGCAAGCGGCGCAGGUUCCGACCUCUUGUGUUUCACUAUAUGACGAAGCAGUGUACUCACUAUAGAUCCUUUUUAUUUAUUUUUUUCAACUAGAUGUGUGUGUUUUGCCUACGUUUCAAGCUUCGUGUGGAUGUAUGUUAAUUAUACAUGCUGUAAGUGUUCGUGCAUGCCCACACCUUAGCUGAGGGUUACACACUCACUUUGUCUAUCCUUCAUAAUGUAGAAAUACAGCAAGAAUCGAUCACUGACGGGCUGGAUCUUUUCCCUGUACAAAAUAUCUGCUGGUUUCACGAUACUGAAUGAGAAUGGACACAAACAGCUCUACAGCGGGAGGCUAGUUCACCCACAAAUCAUAAUUUAUUCACCUUCAUGUCAAUCUUUAAGAAGAUUCGCAAAGGAUGUUUCGGAGCUGUUUUUGCCCAUACAGUGAAAGUCAAUGGGAUCCAAAGCAGCAUUAGACCCCGGCGACUUUCAUGUUAGAAAUAUUUCAUUUUCCACAGAGAAAGGAAAGUUAUUCAGGCAUUCGUUUUUAGGUGAACUAUCCAUCAGCUGGUAAACUGCUUCUCUGUGCAGAUCAUUCACUUAUUAACCUUCUGAAGUUUACUCUACUCUAAAGUUUUACUCUGACGCGGUGUUUGCACUGGCUGAUGUGCUGUGUAUGGAGCUCUCCUACCUAAAAUAUAAUCAAAAUGUUAUUUGUUUGAAGCUGCCUGGUGUGGUGGUAAUGAAUUCUUGUGUUCACAAUGAACUAUUAACGUCAGUCUUUUAAGAAUGUCUAUUUUACUUACUUUUUCAUCCAAAUGUGGCAUUUCCUGUUUCACGGAUGUAAGUGACACAACAUGGUUGAAAUGCUGUAUAUCUUUGUGCACAGAACUGUAAAAUGAAAUUAUGAACAAAUAAAGGACUUAAUAUGGGCCAUGAAA